GUUUUCUCGUUGGUUUCCCUUUCUCUUUCUAAAUCAUUUAUAACCAAUCACAAAACCUUCAAUUUGGCAACUAGCUCUCUCACACAAAACACACACACUCACAAUCUCCCUCUUACCUUACCUCUUUCCUUCAACCAUGCUUGCCUAUAUAUAUACCUCACCUUACUCUUCUCUCUCUUAAAACCAACUCUCUCCAAUUCCCACUUUCCAUCUCAAAACCUUUUUCCACUCUCUCCAACACUUUGAUAUGUUGUUUACUAGUGACCCCGUUUCCUCAACCCCUUCAUCUUCCUACAACACAUCAUCAUCAUCAUCAGAUUGGGAGAUACGGCUAGCAGCGAGUUGCCCCAAGAAGCGAGCUGGGAGGAAGAUAUUCAAGGAAACUCGCCACCCGGUUUAUAGGGGCGUGAGGAAGAGGAACUUAGAUAAAUGGGUAUGCGAAAUGAGAGAGCCCAACAAAAAGACUAGAAUUUGGCUAGGAACUUUCCCAACGGCCGAGAUGGCCGCCCGAGCCCACGAUGUUGCCGCGAUGGCACUGAGAGGCCGCUACGCCUGUCUCAAUUUCGCAGACUCGGUGUGGCGACUCCCUAUUCCUGCAACCUCUGAUACAAAAGAUAUACAAAAAGCCGCAACAGAAGCUGCCGAGGCUUUCAGACCAGACAAGAUUUUAAUGACUAAGGACGUGGAUAACGCUGUACCGGUCAUCCUUGUACCGGUCAUCGCAACAGAGAAGUUGAAUAUGUUUUGUAUAGAGGAGGAAGACGAAGUGAUGAACAUGAACAUGCCAGAGUUAUGGAGGAAUAUGGCUCUAAUGUCCCCUACACAUAGUUUUGGAUACCAUGAAUAUGAACAUAUUGAUGUACAAGAUUUUCAAGAUGACGAGGAUUUUAAAAAACAUUGUACAAUGAUUUGGAGCGUGACUGCAAUUGGAGUUCAUUCGUCGCAUUUCGCCGUAAUAUCAAGGAUCAUGAUCGGUACUGACUGUGAACUCAUCGUUGAUCUUUGUUUUCUUUUCGGUAAAGAAAAGUAUAAAGAAUAAUGAGUGAAACUUGAAUGGUCACUCUGAAUUUACUGCAUAAUCAAAAAAGGUGAUUUGUAAACUCAGCAACUUGUUCACGCUUUUGAUUUAUAAAAAAAUUAAAAAAAUUAAAAAAAUUAAAAAAAUAAAACAGUAUACAUUUUAGUAAUCAAAUAUAAAGCUUAAUUAAGAGAAGCAAAAGCGUAAUUGAUCUCUAAACGUGUGUGGCUCCAAAAGAUGAAGUACUCGAUCUUCUUUGUACAUAUUAAAUCAUGUAUCGCUUUCAAGCCUAAUUAAGUAAUGGAAAAGGACAAGGAAGCUAAUGACUCAACUCAAAUUUGUAUAAUAUAAAAUAUUGGAGUUAGUUUGUACAUCUAUAUAUUAUAUUUGAUAGUUCUGCUAUCUUUCACUCUA